UGCCUAAUUCUGUGAUCUUGGGAUGGCGCAAAAGAAAUAUCUUCAAGCAAAAUUGACCCAGUUGUUAAGGGAAGACAGAAUUCAACUGUGGAAACCUCCGUAUACAAAUGAAAAUAAAGAAGUUGGUUUGGCAUUAAAGGACCUUGCUAAGAAGUACUCUGACAAGCUAGAGUGCUGUGAAAACGAAGUAGAAAAGUUAAUAGAAGAAAUACGUUGCAAAGCAAUUGAGCGUGGAACAGGAAAUGAAAAUUACAAAACAACAGGAAUUGCAACAAUUGAGGUGUUUUUACCAAGACUAAGAAAAGAUAGGAAAAACUUGUUGGAGACUCGAUUGCACAUCAGUGGCAGAGAACUGAGGUCUAAAAUAGCUGAAACCUUUGGAUUUCAAGAAAAUUACAUCAAAAUUGUCAUAAAUAAGAAGCAGCUUCAACUUGGGAAGACCCUUCAAGAACAAGGAGUGACUCACAAUGUAAAAGCGAUGGUGCUUGAACUAAAACAGUCUGAAGAGGAUGUGAGGAAAAACUUCCAGAUAGAGGAAGAGGAACAAAAUGAGGCUGAACUGAAAGAGAAACAGAUUCAGAGGACCAAGAGAGGACUUGAGAUACUGGCAGAGAGAGCUGAGAUGGUGGUGGAUCCGGAAAAUACACCAUACUUAGACAUAGCUAACCAGACAGGCAGAUCAAUCAGAAUUCCCCCGUCAGAAAGAAAAGCCCUUAUGUUAGCUAUGGGAUAUCAUGAGAAGGGCAGAGCUUUCCUGAAAAGAAAAGAAUAUGGAAUUGCCUUGCCAUGUCUGCUGGACGCUGACAAAUAUUUCUGUGAGUGCUGCAGAGAGCUGCUGGACACAGUAGAUAACUAUGCCGUGCUCCAACUGGAUAUUGUAUGGUGUUACUUCCGCCUGGAACAACUGGAAUGCCUUGAUGAUGCUGAAAAAAAAUUAAACUUGGCCCAGAAAUGCUUUAACAAUUGUUACGGAGAAAAUCAUCAGAGACUAGUCCACAUAAAAGGAAAUUGUGGAAAAGAGAAGGUACUGUUUUUAAGACUCUACUUGCUUCAGGGAAUUCGAAACUAUCACAGUGGAAAUGGUGAAGAGGCUUGUGAGUAUCUCAACAAGGCACGUCAGCUCUUUAAAGAGCUAUAUAUUGAUCCAUCAAAAGUUCACAAUCUGUUGCAGUUGGGAUUUACUGCCCAGGAAGCCCGGCUUGGCCUAAGAGCAUGUGAUGGGAACGUGGAUCAUGCAGCCACGCAUAUUACCAACCGCAGAGAGGAAUUGGCCCAAAUAAGGAAGGAAGAAAAAGAGAAGAAAAGAAACCGCCUGGAAAACAUCAACGCCCUGAAGGUGAUGGGCUACUCCACGCAGGCAGCCAAGCAGGCGCUCCAUCAGGCCAGCGGGAACCUGGAUGAGGCCCUGAAGAUUCUUUUCAGGAAUCCUCACAUGUGGUGGUUAAAUAAUCCUGUGGUUCCGGCUGAUCCUGAAACCAACCACCAUCAAGAAAGUCCUUCCCAGGAAAACAUUGACCAACUGGUGUACAUGGGUUUUGACGCAGUGGUGGCCGAAGCUGCGUUGAGAGUGUUCAGGGGCAACGUCCAGCUGGCAGCUCAGACCCUCGCUCACAAUGGAGGAAGUCUUCCCCCUGAACUGCAGCUCUCAGCAGAAGACUCUUUGUCUACGCCAUCCACGUCCCCUUCAGAUUCCGCAGGAACCUCCAGUGCCUCGACAGAUGAAGACAUGGAGACGGAGGCUGUCAAUGAGAUUUUGGAAGACAUUCCAGAACAUGAGGAAGAUUAUCUUGACUCAACUCUGGAAGAUGAAGAAAUUAUUAUUGCAGAGUACCUAUCCUAUGUAGAAAAUAUAAAGCCAGCAACAAAGAAAAACUAAGUAAUGAACAGAAAUAAGUACUAAGUUUCUGCUUAUAAAUGCUAUUGUUAUGAAAGGUCUAAUGCAGGUCUGCUUUUUGUUCUCCUUUUUGUCUGAUCUUGCUGCUAGCGGGCAUCCUCUUUGGGUGUAGGAGGGGGGUUGGACAGGGAGUCCUGGUCCUGAAUAGGUAGUUUGGGGAAGGUGCUUCCUCUGGCCUGUUUUGGGCUCCCGGUUCUGCUUCCCCAACCCCAUCCCUGUGUGGUUUUUACCAGGAAUGAGAAGGAGACUCACUGCUGGAGAAUGGGGUGCUCCCUGGGGAAGGCCCCAGGGGCAGAAUAGCGGGAAGGGUGGGCUUUCAGACUCGUCUCCUCUUCACCUUGCCCUCCUUCCUGCCUCCUGCACCUGCCACUGAUGGUUUCCCUGCUUCUCAUGAUGCUAUCUCUGCUGGGGAGCCCAUGCCUUACAGCGCCACCCUCGCUGCCUGCCCCUAAAAUCAUCCUGUAAACCUUCCUUCCAAGUGCUGAGGACAUAAAGGGAUAAGGCGCAGGCCUCGGUAGCCAUACCAAACUUGCAAGCGCCUUCAGCCUGAAACGUCGGUGUGUAUGCUCUUAUGUAGUUCAGUAAAAUGUGCACUGGAAAUUCCAGGUUGAAUGUCAGACUUUAUUCAACAUUUCUCAUUAUAAAAAUAAUCAUUUAUUAAAUGGGAAAGUUAUUAAUGUUAACCAAAAUGCUAACCAAAGCAACUUAAUUUUACUUAACUCACACUAGCUAAGAAAUAUAUUUUCUCCAGGUUUUUUGUGUUUUUUUGUUGUUAUCUCUAUAUGGCAGAAGACUAUUCCUAAAGGUAUGCAUUUAGCCAUGUAUUGGCGCAGAUAACCAUUUUCAUGGCAGCAUGUAUUGCUCUGUAUUAAAUGGAGACCCUCCCAGCACCAGGACUGGCAGCAGCAGCCAGUGCUGACCUGGAAGGUGCUGAAAACUCCAGCUGGCGGCAGGAUGGACCACGUGUUGCCAUCAAGGGGCUGACAUGCUCGGACUUCUUCAUGAAGUGUGGACAGUCCCUUUUGGACCAGUGGAAAUAGUCUUGUCAUUCUUUUAAAAUGGACCAAUGGAAAUAAUAAAGUGGAAGAUAUAUUUAAAAA